GUCGGACAUGAGCGUAUCAUCAACGCAUGUGCCUUAAAUUCGGAUCCUCCCUACGUGUGCAAAACCAACGCCCAACUAAUUCUAUUCAUUCCUCUCUGACUUUGUAUUCAUUUCCUCCUUUUUUUUUUGUAUUUCAGAAUAAUGAGUAUUUUCUUCCCCUGUAAAUGUCAAUUUUAAAAAACAAAAAAUCAUUGAUCAACAAGAAACAAAAGAGAUUAAAAAGACCAAUUAAAAGAAGCAGAAAACCAUGCCCCUCUCUCUCUAGAUUGGGUUUCUCUCUCUGCAUUUCAAUCCAUGCCAAGCCAUUGAUCCUGCUCAGGGAUUAAGAAUGCAUACAAGAAAGAAAUAAGGUUUAAUUCCUUAGGUUUUGUUGCAAAUGAGAUCUCCACCACCGAACAACGACAGCCAUGGCACCAACAAAGCCCUUCCAGGUACAUUGAGAAGAUUGGAGGACCUAAUGUGUCAACCAGGCAAUAGGUUAUGUGCAGAUUGUGGUUCUGCAGAUCCAAAAUGGGUAUCAGUAAAUCUUGGAGUAUUCAUCUGUAUCAAAUGCUCAGGCAUUCACAGGAGCCUUGGAGUACAUAUCUCGAAGGUUUUAUCUGCGAAGCUGGAUGAAUGGACAGAGGAACAAGUUGACUCUUUGGUCGCUAUGGGUGGAAAUGUGGCAGCAAACUUGAAAUACGAAGCUUCUCUUCCUCCAAAUUUUAGGAAACCAAGACCAGAAGCCUCCACACGUGAGCGCUCAGAUUACAUCAAGAGAAAAUAUGAGCUUCAAGAAUUUUCAAGUUCUAAUGUAAAAAUUGCCCCCUCAGCACCCCUUAUUACAAGCUCCUCUUGCCAGAAAGCUUCUUCCAGUAGGAACUUGGGCUCUUCACAAGACAAAAAACAAGUUGAGAAACAAAACCCAAAUGCUCGCUUUCAAGGGCUAGGUCAUGCUUUUCGGAAUAGCUGGAGAAGAAAGGAAUCUGAGCAAAAACCGCCAAUGAAGAACUCAACAAUGGGUAUGGUUGAGUUCGUUGGCUUGAUUAAGGUCAAUGUUAUCAGAGGCACAAAACUUGCUAUCCGAGAUGUGAUGACUAGCGAUCCUUAUGUAAUCCUCACAAUUGGACACCAAUCAAUGAAGACACGUGUAAUAAGAAGCAAUCUAAACCCAGUUUGGAAUGAACAGAUAUUGCUAUCAAUACCAGAACCAGUCCCACCACUCAAGUUGCUAGUGUAUGACAAGGAUACUUUCUCAACGGAUGAUCAUAUGGGUGAGGCAGAGAUCGACAUUCAACCCUUGGUCUCGGCUGCUAAAGCCUACGAGAACUCCACAAUAACGGAUUCCAUGCAGCUUGGGAAGUGGCUAGCUUCUGAAGACAACACCCUCAUCAAAGAUAGCGUUAUCUCUCUUGUGGAUGGAAAAGUAAAGCAAGAGAUUACUCUUAGGCUGCAGAAUGUGGAGCGUGGGGAAUUAGAGAUUGAGCUCGAGUGUGUUCCUCUAAGUCAAUGAGAACAAAGAUCAUCCACCAUCCAAUUUACCUCUAACCACUUGGUAUAUUAUAGAGAGUACUUGGUAUAUUAUAGAGAGUAAAAGUUGAGAUUCAUCAUUUCAUCUUGCUUAGCCUGUGGUGUUCCAGAAAGGGUACCGGAAGAAGCGGGAAUGAUGGAAAUGGAAGGGAGAGAAGAAUGUGGAAUGCGACCAAUGGUUGUAUUUAGAGUUUAGUGAAGAGAUGUGGAAUGCAAAUAAAGAUCCCUGAGAUUUAACUCCCUGCAAUAUCUGCCACUUUUGUGUUUUUUUAUUUGAUUAUCUGGCAAUUACGUUGGUUGUUUUCAGGGCAAGCUGUAAAAAAUUUUGAUGAUCUCAUUAAGAGUGAUACUACCGCUUUAUCGAAUUAUAACUGUCUUAAUUACUUUUCUUUUUCUUUUUUCCUGAAGAAGAACCAUACUUGAUUCUAUCCAUUCUAUUGCACGUGAUCUUUCUCACUCUUCUCUGGAACUGACCAGAGAUCGUAUUAGAAAAAUAUGAAUAGAACACAUAGUUCAAAAUGCAUUAUGUAGUAAAAUAUUUAUGCAUUUUUCUUUGUUUCUUUUUUCUAUUUUCAUUCAUUAGUUUGCCUUCUCCCACCUUCAAUGACAUUAUUUUUGCAGAACUGUCUCCCAUGCUUUAGUUACUGUAUAUAAGUAUCGAGUUUGCCAAUAUAAGCAUCAAAAUAUCAUGACAAAUUUCAUCCACCAAAAAUAUUUGUAUAUAUAAGCAUCAAAAUAUCCAUCAUCAAUUUCGUCCACCAAAAAAAUUUACUCCACGCCAAAUAAUUGAAUCUAAAGAC